AUCUAUAUCUUAAGUAGAAGAGGAUUGCAAUUGAGAUUUGAAAAUGAGCACAUAUGAGCAAAACCAGCCACCUCAAGUUCAUAAUUAUCCGUUGGAGGGUGGCAAUGGUAAGGGUUAUGUGGUUGCACCACCACUACCACCACCACCGGUGGUUGGUCCUACGUUGAAAGAUGGUUAUGAAUCAGGUGGCCAGAAUCCUCCUCAUGGAACUCAGCCUAGGGGUGAUGGAUUCUGGAGGGGAUGUUGUGCUGGGCUGUGUUGCUGUUGCCUCUUGGAUGCGUGUUUCUAAGUACUUUGGAUAUGGAGGCUUCCAUGUAGUGUACUGUUUUAUCUCUAUGGUGGUGUAAAAUUUUUAAAUACUUGGUCUAUUUUAGUUUUUGUUUGUAUCAGUAAUAAUCAUAAACUAUAUUAUGAAAAAGCGUACUAUGUGUAUCAUUGUAUUGUCUCUAUACCAAGAAACCGAUUUAAUCCAUAC